AUGGGUGCAACAUUCAAAUCCGCUUCAGUUCAAAAGGAUUUCCAGGGGAAAAUUCCACUCUCUGCUCCCCAAGCCAUCACUUUCCUGGCUGCCUAUCACUCACCCCCAGAGCUUCCUCCUCCACUCACCCUAACUGCCCAAUCAAAGAGCAGCCUCAGGUCCCCACCCAGUUACUCUUUUGGAAUCGUGGAAGCAGGACUUGAUUUAGAAACACAGGCUGUUUCCACCAAGGAAAAGGAAUCGUAUUAUAAGUUUGCUAUCCAGAACCUCCACUCUAUCGACCCCUUUGCUGAUGCAAGUAAGGGUGAUGACCUGCUUCCUGCUGGCACUGAGGAUUAUAUCCAUAUAAGAAUUCAACAGAGAAAUGGCAGAAAGACCCUUACUACUGUCCAAGGGAUUGCUGAUGAUUAUGAUAAAAAGAAACUAGUGAAGGCGUUGAAGAGUUUUGCCUGCAGUGGUACUGUAAUUGAGCAUCCAGAAUAUGGAGAAGUAAUUCAGCCUCAGGGUGACCAAUGCAAGAACAUAUGCCAGUUCCUCAUAGAGCUUGGACUGGCUAAGGAUGAUCAGCUGAAGGUUCAUGGAUUUUAAGUGCUUGUGGCUCACUGAAGCUUAAGUGAGGAU